CGCGCUGGCGCGGCGGAAGUCACGUGACUGCGGAGUCAGGGGUCAUCGGUGUACGUCACCAGCGGAGAAAGAUGGUGGAGCAGAGAGAGACCCGCGUGGUUCGCUGCGGCGGCAGUAAGAUCAGUUUCAGGGCGCCGAUCAUCACCACCGACUCCAGGUUCCUGCUGUGUGCUUCAGGAGACUCGGUGAAGGUUUUCAGCACCACAACAGAGGAGUGUGUUCAUGUGCUGGAGGGACACACUGACCAGAUCACCGGAGUCGCCUUGAACCCGGCCAACCACCUUCAGGUUUUCUCCUGUUCUCAAGAUGGCACUGUGAGACUGUGGGAUUUCACCGAUGGGAUCCUCAUUAAGACGUUGGUUAUCAGACAUCCGAUUUUCUCCAUAUACGUCUCGGAGAAACAUGUCGGAGUCAUUUUCAUCAUUAUUCCCAUGGCCAGUGAGAAAAGCACCGAAUGUUUCCAGUUGGUGGCUGUACAUCUACCCAAGACUGUGGAGCAGGAAGUGGAGGUGAUGGAGUUCUCGGCGGUGUUCUGUGAUAUUUCUCCCAAUCCCUGUUCUACAGCUUUCGGCCGCGAGGGGGAAUAUCUGGCAUCUGUUAAGGGACUACAGUUGCAAGUGUUUUUCUUCAGGAAGCAGAAGACAUUCAGGUUCUCUCUGAAGGCCACGGAUAAGAAAGGUGCUAGAAACGCCUUCACCUGUGUGGCCUGUCACCCUAAAGAUGACCUCAUCGCUACCGGACACGAAGACGGCAAAAUUCGGCUCUGGAGAAACUUCAAUCAGAAGAAGGAGUACACGUACUCCACCCAACACUGGCACCAUGACGCAGUCAACACCCUGUGUUUCACGCCGGAGGGGAUGCACCUGCUGAGUGGAGGGGUGGAGUCAGUGCUCGUCCAAUGGCAUUGUUCCGAGGUCAAUAAGAAGGAUUUUCUCCCUCGUCUGGGCGGAGCCAUUUUUCACAUCUCUGUGUCUGCAGACGGACAGACGUACAGCACGAGCCACUCGGACAACAAGAUUACCAUCAUCCACUGCAGCUUCAAAGUAUCAGCAGUGAUUCAAGGCCUCGUCCACGGAGAUGCAGUUCGCACGGAUCUGAUGAUUGACCCACGCAGCAAAGCGCUGGUGCUGAACGGAAAACCGGGCCAGAUUCAGUUUUACUCCCUACAGCGUGACAAACAGCUUUACAGCCUCGACAUAGUGCAGCAGGAGUACAUCUACGAGGCAGGACUGGACCAGUUUGACGUGGUGAAGGCAGCGUUUGAUGCUCGUGGCUCGUGGUUGGCUACGGUGGAGGAGAGAAACAGCAAAGACUCCAAUCUCGAGUUUUCUCUUAAACUCUGGGGCUUUGACGAGACGGCACAGAGCUUUGAACUGAAUACCACCAUAACGGCUGCCCACAACGACAGGAUUACUGCCCUGUGCUUCAGCCCUGCCACAGAGACCACCAUGCUGGUGACCGCCGCCAAAGACGGCCAGUUUAAAGUCUGGCUGCUCGGGUCAGACUCGGACACACAGAAGGAACAGGCCUCCUGGUCAUGUGACUUUGUAGGCAGUUACCACGGCCUGCGUCCCACCAACUGCUGUUUCUCAGCCGAUGGCUCUCUGCUGGCCGUCAGCUUUGAGGAGGUGGUGACUGUGUGGAGCGUGGACACCUGGGGGCUUCUGACCACACUGUGCCAACCACCAGGGGCCAUCAGGGAUCUCUGCUUUGGGCGUCUGAGCUGCUCCAAAUACCUGCUGGGCACCACUACUAAAAAUCUGCUGUGCUGCUGGAACCUCCUCACCUGCUCACUGGAAUGGAGCACGUCGAUGGAUGUGUGUAUGCUGCAGUCAGACCCUCUGUCUGAAAACGUGGCUGCGUUUUGCCAUCACUCUGGAAACACAGACUUGUUUGUUUUCAAACCCAGCGAGCCGAGGCCCCUGUUUACCCAGAAGGCCGUGUGCUCAGGAAAAGUUCAGCGCUCUGUGUUCGCUCCAAGAGAUGAGCCUCUGGAUAGCUGUGACGAGAAGACACAGUGGCUCAACAGAUCUCGCCUCUACUUCCUCACCGACAACAUGGACUUACUGACCUUCAGCACCAGAACAGAGGAUGAGCGAAUACUGAGCUCCAGGAAACAGCUGCUGGUUGAUGACAGUGUAGCCGUCACACCGUUUUACCUGUUACUGGGGAAACACAACCCGGCGCAGGAGAAGACCGACUCGGCUUCCAGUCAGACUCCCGACAGAGCACAGCUUCCUCAGGGAUCAGUCGCUAUUAAAGAGUUACUGCACACUCCAGCUCAUGUGCUUCCUGCAGCCUCGGCCCUGUGCUCAAUGUUCGUCAAAUCUCUGCUCAUCUCCAACGGGAACAGAAUCGAGAAGGAGCCCCUCGAAAAGGAGGUAGAGAGUGAGGAGGAAGACGAGUCGGAUGAGGAAAUGAAAACCAGCGAUCGUCAGCAGGAAAUUCGUUCUCUAGGCUCCAUCCUGGAGCCGAAUCUGCAGCUUUCUAAAGAAGAGGAAAGGGAACUGAGGAGUGUGAGAAAGACUGACUUCAGCUGGGUUUCGAGUUAUGUCAACUCUUAGUUCAAUACCAAACCGCCCAACCCAUCCACACACACAUCCACUAUGGUUCUAAAAAAUGUUCCACAGGUCUUGUUUAUUAUAUGUAAAACAUCUGUGCCGUUGAUUUUGAAUUUUGUAAAUGUUUUAUUUUGAAAUUAUGAGUCUACUUUGGAUUUGGAGCAGUAAUAGGAAAUGAUGUCGUCUUACAGCUCCAGGGUUUGUGCACUUCAGAGCUCGGCUUAACGUCUCCUGAUGUUUCAGAUGUUCUCCGUGCUCACGUCCGGGUUCUCUGGGUUUCUUCUAAAAAAUCCUGAAUUUAUAUUAAAAUCCGAUUUUUCAAUUUAAUCUCAUGUACAAAAUUUGCAAAGCCGUUUCAGCCGACCAGCAUACGAGAAAUGUGAUGCACGGGUUUGGACUGCAUUGUUUAUAAAUUGACCUCCUGCUCUUCAUCCAUUCAAAAACUAGAUGCAGAGUUUUAAAAUAAAGCACAAAAAUCAGAUUAAGAUUUUAAAAUCCAAAUCCAAAUGGCACAACUAUUGACAAAUGACAGCAAUGAGCUGAGCUGAUAAUAAAUGUGGACUUGAUGCUGGAGGAAUCUGCAGCUGUUUUAUUGGCUGUUCUGUAGCCUGUUUUAUCCAUGAAGGUGUUACCUUAAAUGUCUAAAGGAACAAUGGAGCACAUUGUACAAAAACCUGCUCUGGAUUAUGUGGAUUGCAUCGAUGUGUCUGGAUCUGUGUGAGAAACUUGUAUCUUUUUUUUUUGUAUUUCACAAUUAGCCAUGUUCGAAACAAACAUUUGUAUUGCCUGUAAUUUAUACAAAAAAAAAAAAUUCCGAAACCAGAAAUGUUUGCUUCUUUUUUGAUGUCCAGUUCCCUAAACAGUCACAUUUUUAACAGAGUGUUUGGAGUAACGUUUCCACUCCUCUGCAGCGUUCGCUGUGUUCGAGGUCAAAAACACAAAAAGAGCUGAGUCACUGCUCUAUCUAUCACUUGUGGCCAUACAGCUUUUAAUACGAAUCAUGGCUCGCUUCAGUGAGUCAUAUCAAUUUGGCUCAGCUUACUGAUAAAAAUGAACUGUUUUGGAUCAUUGCCACUUUUGCGAUGUAAUAAUUCUUGAUUGAUGUUAUUUCUUUAAAUGUGUCUGAAACUUCUGCAGGAAAUCUUACACCUUAACAUUAGUUGCAUUUGAUCUACGUAUCUAAAUGAUUCCGGAUCAGUUUUAUUGUAUGCUCUAACAAAGAAUUUGUUACCGGUUAAUGAUACACCACCCCCCAAACAAAACUGGACUAUCUGAGCAUACAGUGCACCUAAAAGGCAUAAGUGGGAUUAUUUUACUAUGCACAGGGGCAAGAAAGUAUGUGAGUCUUUUGGAAUUUCAUGGUUUUCUGCAUACAUUAAAGUUUUGACAAAUGUAAUG